CGAAUUUCAGAAACAAACAAAAUAAGUAGAGGCGCUGAUCUAAAAAGUAGGGGAAAUUAAUUUACUACUCUUCUUUCCACUCUUUUGGCGAGUUUCUCAAUUUGCUUCACGCCAACGUAAUCAAACCUCCAUUAAAAAUCUACUUCUGCAACACUUCUAUGCGAUAGAUCGAAAUUCGUAUUAUCCGCCGACGGGAUGAGCUAAUUUGCUCGCUUUUUUUUGUUACUUUUUGUCUAAUUCAGUGCCUGUUUGUUCUAUUUGGUGGCUAAAGCGGGCGUUUAAUUGUGGAUCUAUUAGAGAUUGAAUAAUGGUUCCGAAGGGUUUGAUUUAUAGCUUCGUUGCCAAAGGGACUGUCGUGCUAGCAGAGCACACUCCUUACUCUGGAAACUUCAGCACAAUUGCCGUUCAGUGCUUGCAAAAGCUUCCUUCUAACAGCAGCAAGUACACGUACUCGUGUGAUGGUCACACUUUCAAUUUCCUUCUCGAUAGUGGAUUUGUUUUUCUAGUUGUUGCAGAUGAAUCGAUGGGAAGAAGCAUACCUUUCGUAUUUUUGGAGAGAGUGAAGGAUGACUUCAAGCAGCGCUAUGGCGCUAGCAUCAAGAGUGAUGAUCCACACCCUUUAGCUGAUGAUGAAGAUGAAGAUGACCUGUUGUUUGAAGACCGGUUUAGCAUCGCAUACAAUCUUGAUCGAGAAUUUGGACCACAGCUCAAGGAGCACAUGCAGUAUUGUAUGAAUCAUCCAGAGGAAAUGAACAAGCUGUCCAAACUGAAGUCUCAAAUAACAGAGGUCAAAGGGAUAAUGAUGGACAACAUCGAGAAGGUUUUGGAUCGUGGUGAAAAAAUUGAAUUAUUAGUGGAUAAAACUGAUAACCUUCAGUUCCAGGCUGACAGCUUCCAAAGGCAAGGGAGGCAGUUGCGUCGGCAAAUGUGGCUGCAAAAUAUCCGCAUGAAGGCGAUGAUUGCAGGAGUCGUAAUUGUUCUUCUCUGCCUUCUCUGGCUUAUGUUUCGUUGAGAUUUGGAAACCUUGGCACUGAAACACGUCACGUUUUUUUCUGGCUUUAUUUCAUCUCAAUGUACAAAAACUCUUAGUCUAGUAGCUGUUGUUUACUUUGCUCACACCCUGGCAUUUGGUCAGUUGUAUUUUACUGUGGAGAUCAUUGUUAUUUUUGUAAAAUGUAAACUUCAUCUCCUUGAAACAUCUUCCAAUAAUCUGCCAUUCAAAAAUCCAAAUCAGAAGACCAGUCCCCAAA